CACGAAAGACCGUUGUUUAAGAUUCAGUCAGAGGAGAUUUCAGCUCAGAUAUACUUAUUAUUAAUUUCAAAUAAUCGUCCAAUGCAUUGCGCAUAUAAUCAGGCCGUACUUUUUUGAAACAGUGCUCUACGGAAAACAUCUAUGUAAAGUUGAGGCGAGUAUAGGCGAAUAACGGACAUCUGGCAACCUAGUGAAGGUGACGCGCUUCGCUGCGAUACAGUUGUGGCGAGCGCAGCGUCGAGAGGUUCACAGUGUCGCAUUUUAAAGCGGUGAAUGGAACAGCUCAAGCGAAUGGCACGUCUGUGCGUCGGUCCUCGACUACAAAGAGUUCUUGUGUAACCCACUCAUCAUCUGUCGUGACGGAUCUACUAGACCAGGCCUGAUGGAUUCAGGUACUCGACGAGAGCUGCAUGCAGCAGAUCCCAGCUUCCGCUUGCUCCGUUACGGCCAAUCCUGAGUAUCGGGCGUUCACCACAACCUCACCUACCCUUUUUCUGCUUCUUCCCCAUCUCACUCUAUCGCUUGUCCCUCAACCAGCCCUCCAGUUCGCCCCCGAGAUGAUUGGCAAGCUGAAGCAGAACUUACUGGUGGCCUGCCUGGUCAUCAGCUCCGUCACAGUCUUCUACUUGGGUCGGCACGCCAUGGAGUGCCACCACCGGAUAGAGGAGCGCAGCCCACUGCUGGUGAGCAGCCUGCGCACCACCCUGCGCACGGGCCAGAACCUCAGCACCCCCUUCCUCUACAAUAAAGACAUGCCUCUUAUAUUUAUCGGUGGUGUCCCUCGCAGUGGCACCACUCUUAUGCGGGCCAUGCUGGACGCUCAUCCCGAUGUGCGCUGUGGAGAAGAAACCCGUGUCAUUCCUCGCAUUCUGGCCAUGAAGCAGAUGUGGAGCCGCUCUGGCCGGGAGAAAAUGAGGCUAGAUGAAGCCGGAGUAACAGACGAGGUCUUGGACUCAGCCAUGCAAGCUUUCCUUCUGGAGAUCAUCGUCAAACAUGGGGAACCGGCCAACUACCUGUGUAAUAAAGACCCAUUUGCUCUUAAAUCACUUUCUUAUCUAGCUAAGAUCUUUCCUAACGCUAAGUUCAUCCUCAUGAUUCGUGACGGCAGGGCCUCCGUCCACUCCAUGAUCUCCCGUAAAGUCACCAUCGCCGGGUUUGACUUGAGCAGCUAUCGGGACUGUCUGACAAAGUGGAACCGGGCCAUAGAAACAAUGUACACUCAGUGUCUGGAGGCAGCGGACAAGUGCCUUCCUGUGCACUACGAACAGCUUGUCCUGCACCCAGAAAAGUGGAUGAAAACGCUUCUGAAAUUCCUGAACGUUCCUUGGAAUGAUGCAGUUCUGCACCACGAGGAGCUCAUUGGGAAAGCUGGAGGUGUUUCGCUCUCCAAGGUUGAGAGAUCUACAGACCAGGUGAUCAAGCCUGUCAACGUGGAGGCCUUAUCCAAGUGGGUGGGUAAGAUCCCCCCAGAUGUGCUGCGGGACAUGCCUGUCAUCGCCCCCAUGCUGGCCCGGCUCGGCUAUGAUCCCCACGCCAACCCUCCUAACUACGGUCGGCCCGACCCCCUCGUCCUGGAUAACACUAGAAGAGUCUUUAAGGGUGAAUUUCAGCUACCUGAUUUUCUUAAAGAACAAACACAGCUACAGAAGUCCCUAGAAAAGCCCAACCCAAGUUAGGAGAAGAGGAACAGAGCUUUAUCAACAGAAGGCUGAGUAGAGGCAGAUGUCGUGGGACCAUGAUGGAACUGCAUCACCCCCGCUAUGCUGGGACCUCCAUGCAUGGAAACACACACACACAUGCGCACACACACACAUAUAUACACACACACACAGGCCUUUGGAUCCGGACCACUCUUUGGAGGACAGUUUUGGCCUUUGAUGUUGUACUGUAACAAUUGUGGCCUAAGAAUGUCAUUGCUUUUUAUUUGAUUUGAUUUUUUUACUUUUUUUCCACACUGUACUCUAAGUUUCAUUUAUUUUCCUAGCUACACAAACCUGUGAUUCUGUUAUAAGAAAAUACAGUGGAUUUAAUUAGCAGCAAGGAAAUAUUUAUGGAGGAGCGUUAGCUUUAGAAGACGUUAUUUUAAAGUGGUUUUUUUUUGUUUUUUUCAUGUCUUCGUAACGUGCAAUUCCUUGGGUACUGAAUGAUGUGCAAGACUUCAAUCUUGUGUAGAGAUAGACAUGCAUUUUGUUCUCUGCAUUCACAAUGGAGUGACCUUAUGUACAUUGAGAGCUGUAAUAAAUGAGCUGCCAGUGCUGAACAGAAGAGGCUCAUUGACGUGUUCUCCAUUGGCAGAGAAUCCGCACAUUGUGAUGUUUGUUGUUGUUUUUACAAUUGUUAUUUUUGUACUUAAGUGUAAAUCAUAAUUAUGUACUCUUUUCAUUUCUUUCAAUGAAAUAAACCCUGAGCGCUGUUGGCAGCCAA